AGUAGGCGAUUAAGUAGUUGGCUUGCAUAGUCUUGAGUCAGAUUGGCCCAACGUGAACACUGGUCCUGUUUAGAAGUAAGAAUUCCGCAGAACUAUCAUCCGAAACCAGUUUGAUUCCUCCAAAAUUUCUAUGAAAUUCAAAUUCCUAACUCAAAUAAGGCAUGGACAGCCUUACAAUUGCAAUCAAGGCAAGUACAGUUCGCUUCUGUGCUUUCAGUUUCAGAAGCAGUUGAGGGCUUGAGGCUCGCCAAGGCGGCCAGGUCGUCUCUCCCCAUCGUGUUCUCUCGGCUCCCUCCCCUCUCGGCCUCUCCAAACCUCGUGGCUCCGAGGCAUCUCCCGCCAACCCAAUUUCGCUUCCCGCCGCCCCACUCCCCUGACCCGAGAUCCCGGCCGCCGCGGCUCGCUUUCGUCUUUUUCUCUGCUCGAGUCCGCACGGCUACUACUGGGCGGCGGCGGCGAUGAGCGCGGUGAACAUCACGAACGUGGCGGUGCUGGACAACCCCACCGCCUUCCUCAACCCCUUCCAGUUCGAGAUCUCCUACGAGUGCCUCGUGCCCCUCGACGACGAUCUGGAGUGGAAGCUUAUAUAUGUUGGAUCCGCUGAAGAUGAAAACUAUGAUCAGCAACUUGAGAGCGUGCUUGUUGGUCCUGUCAAUGUUGGGACCUACCGUUUCGUACUCCAGGCUGACCCACCAGAUCCCACAAAGAUCCGUGAAGAAGACAUAAUUGGUGUGACCGUGCUGCUAUUGACAUCCUCUUACAUGGGACAGGAGUUCAUGAGAGUAGGUUACUACGUGAACAAUGAUUAUGAUGAUGAGCAACUGAGAGAAGAGCCCCCAGCAAAGGUGCUGAUCGACAGGGUGCAGAGAAAUAUUUUGGCUGACAAGCCACGGGUCACCAAGUUUCCUAUCAACUUCCAUCCUGAACCCAGCACGAGCGCAGGACAGCAGCAGCAGGAACCACAGACGGGUUCACCAGAAAACCACACAGGCGACGGAAGCAAGCCCGAUGCUGACCAAUGAUCAGAGCUGGUGUGCUAACAUUUUGAUGCGCAUGCCUUUCAGGAUGUCCUGUAAUAUUCCGAAUGGGGUUGGUUAGUGGUUCUGGAUUGUCCUGGGUUCCUAGUACUAGCACUUGGUGAUUGUUUAGAACUGUUUGUUCUGUAACUUGAGAUGCAAAUGCUGGGUGCCUGGUUGUUUCCUAGCCAAGAAGAGUACUUCAGCCUGUUCUGUUGCAGUUGUUGUAUGCUUCUUUAGAGUAGUGUUUCACCCUAAACUACUCACUGAUUAGUCGUCAGCUUUGUAGUAUAGAUUCUGAUCGGAAUCCUUUUGCUCA